AUUUUAUUUCGAACGGUGUACGUUCGAUCUAAUGUGAGAAGCCCGCCCCGCGCAUGCGCCUUGCCACUUUCGCUACGUUUUUGCGUUUGCCACAACACUCUUGAAGAUCUGUGGACCUACAAAAGUUCAGAAAAUUUCUCCUUUUUCGACCAAAACAUCAUGAAGGAUUCGGAGAAAGUGGAGCCUGCAGGCUCCUGCACAAAGAGGAAAACUGGCGAGCCUGCGGGCCCAAGCCAAAAGAAGAAAUUGUCUGUCGAUCCUGCGGGGUCAGGCAUUGUUUCUCGGGACCACGCCGUGAGCAGGUCCUCCGCCGGAGCUUCGGGUGCGCCCGGGGCUACAGCCGCCACUACAGCUACCGCUGCCGCCAAGGGAGGGAGCUCAAGCUCGCCCGGUACGGCAAGUACGGGUAUAAAGAAAACCAAGAAUAUAAGUUUGGUAAGCAGGAUGGGAAAACUUGAGGAGUUGAAACGCUCCCAGGAGGAGCGGAUAGAGAUCAAGUCUAUGUUAGAGACUUUGUGCUCACAGUCACAAACAAAACCUCAGACUCAGAGUGAUAAACAAAAGUCUAGAUCUAGGCCUGGUGGUGCAGGCAGUGCACAUACUCACAGGUUUGAGCGGGAUCAUACGCGUGAUUAUGACCCUGAAGAAUAUGAUUAUGGGGAUGUUUAUGAACAUGCAGACUAUGGAGAACAUGAUUAUGAUUAUGAUAGAUCUACUCAAAUGGACGCAGAUAUAGAGAUGGGGUACCCAGACUCUCCUACUUGCGCAUCCUCUGAAACUAUGCAGCCGGUUGACACUGCUCCAGAUCAGCAGGUUGAAGUUGCUAAGAAACGAAGACUGAAUAAACAUGUAACUGAUGCUAAUACCCUGCAAACUGAUGAAGGUCAGGAAGAAAUUGGGUUCUCUUCUAGGUUCGCUGUCUCGGAUCUGAGCACGCACGAAGUGUUGAUUUUCUUCUUACACACCCACUCGAGGAAAAAUAUUUGGCAGGGACAUGCGAGAAGUAUGAGACCUGCUAACUCCACUCACCUGCUAGUUCUUCGAGUUAACCCGUUGGUUUGGGAUAAUCUGCGUCCUCAUGCCCGUACACUUGAUAUGAAAAUUCAGAGUGGCCAGAGGCCUUUAGUUAAAGGGAUUACUGCUCUUAUGAACUCCUUAAAGGACGUGCCUGAGCUUAAUGAAACCCAACAAGAUGCCGUGGCAUUGUUAGGGAAUGCACAUUUCGAACUGAACCAGCUCCGUAAAAAUUUUAUCAAACCGGAAUUGCACCCUAGAUACACUUACUUGUGCAAACCCUCUGUAAAAACCACGCAGUGGUUGUUCGGAGAUGAACUUUCCAGGACCAUAAAGGAAAUGGAUGAAGAACAAAAGGCAGUGGGAGUGAUGCGGAAGCAUCGAUAUCGAACCAAUCCCAGUCAAGGGCCUGUUGCAGCUGGAGGAUUUGCCAGGCCUUUUGCAAAGCCGUAUGCUAAACCCAGCCAGAGAUACCAGGAUGCUGGAUGGGUGUCAUCUUCAAGUUCAAGCUUGGGACACCAGCCUUUUUUAGGCGGAAGGCAGGGGCAGUUUGCCGCCCCGUUCCAGCAAGCACCAACCAGGGGUCAUCGCCCCAUGAAACCCAAGCGGGGCAAGCCAGCCUCAACCUACCCAAAUCCAGAGAGACGGUAG